CCAAACUGUUUACUUAGGCAAGAACUCGGAGUGCAAGCGGCACUUGAGCUCGGGACCGCGGAGCUGCCAUCUCUCGGAGUUCUGUCCUCAUUUCUGGAACCUGAUGUUGGAGAGCCGGCAAGAACUAAGGCGCCAGCCCCUGAGGCUCAUUGCCAGCUCCCGCUUUUCAUGAGUGUCCCUGUGGACUUGGCACCUCUUGUCUGUCCCCUCUGGGAAGGGCAGGUGCAAUGGCCGUGGCCCGGCCCCGGUCGGGUGAGUGCUUCCUGUUUCUGAGCACCAUGAUCCUCGUGGCUGUGAUCAUCUCCCUGCUGUUCUACGCCCUGCUCUGCAAGAACGGCAACAUCACCGACCUGCCCCACCUGAGACUCGGCUUCUACAACUUCUGCCUCUGGAAUGAAGACACCAGCUCCCUGCAGUGCCUCCAGGUCCCUGAGCUGGAGGCCCUUGGGGUGCCUCGGGUGGGCCUGGCUCUGGCCAGACUUGGUGUGUACGGCGCCCUGGUCCUCAUGCUCUUUGUCCCCAUGCCUCUCCUCCUGGCCUGGUGUAACCGGGACAAGGCAGAGUGGCAGCUGGCGGUGGGCUUCAUGGUGGUGUCCUCCGUGUUGCUGCCAGGUGGCCUGGGCCUCUUCCUCUCCUACGUGUGGCAGUGGAUCAGGCCCUCUCUGUUGGGGCCUGCCUUUCUGGCUCUGGGCAUGGCCGAGGCCUUACUCAUCCUCGUGCUCACAGCCAUAGCUGUGUUCUCUCUGAGGGUCCGGAAGGAGAAGUGCGCACUUGAGAGCUGCUAGUCCAGGCUUCGGGCUGAUGCUGUUGCAAGGGCUCAGUCCCUGAGAAGCUAUGGGCUAGCCAUCCUGUUAGAGCUAAUACCAACUCCUGUUGCAAUGAAGGGGCCUACCACGAGCAGGUGGGGCCCCCAGGGGCCCCGAGGCAGCCAGGGUGGCUAGGGCAACUGCCACUUCUCUCUGUAGAAUCUUCUAUCCCAGCACUACCCAGCUCAUUUUCACGCGAGUUCCUGCUGUCAUGAUCCACUCUGAGCAGUUCUUACACAGUAGCCUCGGGAGCGUGGGGAAGUUCCAGCAAUGAAUGGGAACAGGCAAGGCCAGACUGUGGUGGACAUUGGGCCCUGGGUCACAGACUGCUACUGCAUCCGUGUUGGGUCACCCAGACUCCGCUAUCAAAGCCUAGGACUUAUCUGCAAAGGAUUCAACAAGAUAGAAGGCUUGGUGGUGGCUUGGCAGGUUCCCCCAGGGUCCCUGGCCCUGAAGCCACACACACACUGCAGGAGACAGCUGGCACAGCGCCCCCUGCUGUGAGACCCAGGAAACGCCAGAUGCUCACUCAGAGAAGCUGAAGGAAUCAGAACAGUUCGUACCCAAACACCGCAGACUUGGAAGGACAGAAGCACAACAACACAUGUAUUUCCCAGCACUGGUCUAUUGGGAAAACUGCAAGACGAUGACUUAAUUUUUGUCUGAAUACAGAGGUAGCAACGGGAACACUGCCAUGACUGUCCCAUCUCCUCCGUGGGCCUGUCUGCACUCCUGUUACAGCUCCUGAAGCCUGCACCCUGAAAAGGAUGGCAUGACGGGCACAGAGCCCGGUGGGCAGCUGGAGUCCCGUGCUGGAAACCAGCUGAUACAGGCUAAACAUCCCGGGUGACUUACAAGCAAUACUUUUCUUGGAAAACUCUUUGGACCCCAUCAGCUCAUUUUCCCUGGAGCCUGGCCACUGAAUAAAACCACUGGAAUUUCCA